AUGUCGCUGACUCCUGCGUCUGCAGGUGCCGAUGCUAAGUGGCACCAGGACAAUGGCUUCUACCUUAGGGAUUCAGCAGAUGCUGAUGCCAGCAUGCUUUUGUUCGGCUCCUUGGGUCUGGGCAUUGGCUUGGCACUUGUGCUAGUUCUCAUCAUGAGAUUCACACGCCUGGGCCGAUCCGCCCACAACGCCAUCCUCUUCCUGGCAGGAUCGCCCUUUAUUUGUUACACCCUGGCUGAGCAAGUCGGCAUGUCAGGCAUCAUCACUGUGCUCUUUGCUUCCAUCAUGAUCGGUGGAUACGCACCCACGCAUCUUUCAGCGGAGGCCACCACGUUGACCUCGUUCUUUCUGAAGCAGUUGGCCUCUGUUGGAGACACGGUGGUCUUUGUUUGUUGUGGAGUGCAAGCCGUGCAGUAUCACAAGGAAGGCUUUGUCAUGUCGCUUUGGGCAUCUCGGACAGGGGAUUGGUGGCUUGUGAGCAAGCACGUGCCUGCGGAGAAACAACACUACAUCAGCUUCAAACAUCAGGCGAUGCUGUUCCAUUCCGGUCUCCGCGGAGGAAUUGGGUUGGUGCUGUCGCUGGAGUUGGGAGCGUAUGUCGAUGAAGACAACGGCCCUGGGACAAAGGAUUCCUUGGUCUAUGCAACUUUUGUCAUGAUCUGCGUUUAUCUCGUGGUCUUCGGUGGCUCGACCGCCUUCACCCUGCGCUCCCUGAACAUUCCCUAUGGUGAUGAGGUGGCCAUGGAUGCAUGCUUGUACGGCAGCGCUGCGGAGAGUGGCAUCUUCUAUCGCUGGGGGAUGCAGUUCCGGCGGAAGGUGUUGAAACCUCUGCUGGUGCCGCGGGGGAUCCGCGGGGGAUGGGGAUCAGUCUGGGAGCAGGUGGGAAAAUCGUCGGAUCGCUCCCAGCAACAGGAGAUCAACCUGACGGAAGCCGUUCCCUGGCGAUCGACCGGACCGAGGGACCGUAACGGGAUCUACCGGCCGCUUAUGGGUCCGCUGCUGGCUGGUGGUUGA